GUCUCUAUUACCGAUGGCAGCACUGGUUUCGCCGCUGGAGUUUCUGCAACGGUUUUCGUCUCGCGCUAACCUCACUCAAAACUUUUAUCGGAAUAAACAAACGGAAAAUCGGUCGAAAUGUCGCGGAAUCGUGAAAAUUCCGGCUAGUUCGCGGUCCGAAUUGGUGGCUAAUCGAGUGAAGUGUUUUUAUUGGUGUUAUUUUAGUGUAACGUGAGUGAUUUUUGUCCCGUAGAGUAACGAUGGAGUGCAAGAAGAUUAGCGCGCGUACUGCGCGUCUGAAUAAUUUUAUUCUCGGCCAAUCGGUUGCCCCACCGGCCAGUGCAUCGUCAUCCGGUGGAUUUACUGAAAUCGGCCAGACUCUAGACGAUGGUUCCGUACCGAUGGAAACUGCGCUUUCCCGCGAGGGUCUGCUGGAUUCGCUGUUUGUGCUGUACGAAGAGUGCAGCAAGGAUGUCAUCAAGAAGAAGGAUAAGAACGUCGCCGACUUUGUCAACAAAUACCGGCCAAUCAUCAAUCAGACUCGAUCCAUUCGUGUCAACGUCAACGAUUUUAACGUGAAAAACCUUAUCGGAAAAGGCUACUUCGGCGAAGUUCAUCUCGUAUCGGAGGCUGCCACCGGCGAAGUGUACGCAAUGAAGAAGAUGCGCAAGGCGAUGGUCACCUCUACGCAGAUCCGCGAAGAGCGCGACAUUAUGGCCUCGAGACAGUCGGACUGGAUCACAUCGCUGCAGUAUGCGUUUCAGGACCAAGAGUGCCUCUAUCUAGUAAUGGAGUACCUGCCCGGUGGCGAUCUGCUCAGUCUGAUGAUUCGCAUCGGCGUGUUCGACGAAGAGCUAGCGCAGUUCUACUUGGCUGAGCUGACCGAGGCACUCCACUCGCUGCACAGUAUCGGCUAUGUGCACCGUGACAUCAAACCGGAAAACAUCCUGCUCGAUCGGUUCGGGCAUCUCAAAUUGGCCGACUUUGGAAAUGCCACGGCCAUCAAUAAGGAUGGCAGUGUGACCAGCAUGACCCCGGUGGGAACUCCGGACUACAUUGCACCGGAACUGCUGCAGACGCUUUCGACCACCAUCAAGUCGUCCCGUGGGAAUCAUGAUGUGACGUGCGAUUUCUGGUCCAUGGGGAUCAUUGGGUAUGAGUUCAUAACGGAGACGACGCCGUUUCACGACGAGAAUGUGAACGAAACCUACUCGAAGAUCUUGUCGCACUGCGAAGGUCGGUUCGCCAGGAAGCUGGAAUAUCCGGCGCACGUAGCUAUAUCGUCACAUUUUAGGGAUCUACUGGAUCGAUUGGUUACGAAAGUGUCUAACCGAAUAGGGUACAAAGAAAUUCGAAGACACCCGUUCUUCAGUGACAUAAACUGGGAAAAGUUGAGGUACAAGAUUCCACCGAUCAUUCCAAAUGUUAGUAGCGAUGACGACGUGUCCAACUUCGAAGAUGUCGAUAAGUCGUUGAAAAGGAACGCUUUCGUCAGCAAACCGACCUAUCCGAUAUCUAAGGUCCAUGACUUCAGUGGCCAGAACUUGCCAUUCCUGGGAUACACCUAUGUGUACGAGGAGCUUGAUCCGGCCGGGAAGUAUCGCGACACCGACGAGCACAUGGCAACAACGCGACUCUCGCAGAAAAUCAAGGAACAGGAUCGGCUGCUCAAGGAUCACAAGAACGAAAUUCAUCAACUUCAGCGGGAUCUUUUGGAAAAAGAUCGCAAAAUAGCAACCGUCAACGCCCAUAAUAAGAUCUUCGGUGAAACCAAGAAAGAGCUGGAGAAUCUGCAGGAACUGCUGAAGAUGAAAACGGCCGAACUGGCAGCAGCCAAGACCGAUAUUAAAACAUUGAAGAAUCGAUUGAAAAUCGAAGAGGAGCAACGCUCCAAAAAUGACGCCUCAAUUGCCGAUCUUUUGAAGCAGACGUACAAGAAGUGGGAACGAGCCAAGCAGACUUCCGAUCAGAACUACGAGAAGCAAAUAGCAGAGCGAAAAACAGAAAUCAGCGCAUUGAACGAAAAGUUCCGUGCACAAACGGGUGAGCUACGAUCGAAAGUGGAGGAAUGCUCCCAGCUGCAGUCGAUGAUCGAAAACUACAAAGAUCUGCUGAAGAAGUCCAAGAAUCAACUCAUGGUGGAUAAGGAAGAAUUCGACAAAAGUCAUCGUGAACUGGUAGCAGCCUACGAAGCAAAGCAUGCUGAAGUGAAGCAACGGUGUAAAGCCGAGAAGGAACUACGUGUAAAACAAGAAGAGCAAGUCCGCGAGCUUCGAGCUCGCUUACAAGAGUACGAAAACAAUGUAAAGAAUACGGAACACUCGCACAAGAAGUUUGUGGACAACAUCAAACGAAGAAUGACCAUCCAAAUGGAAGAAGCAAAACAAGUGUCGGACAAAAUGAGUGAAGAAAUGCAACGAAAGUGUGAAGAUUUGCGAAAGGAAAUCAACAAACUGCAGGAGCAAAGUGUUUCCAGUAGUGCUAACAGUAGUAAGCGCAGUUCGCUACAGGAGCAGGAGUUCCGCAGUGCCAAUUCCAGUAUUCAGUCGUUGAACGUGCAGGUUGAGGAACAGCUUCGGCACGAUUUGAUUCGAGCGAGAGAAAGCGAAGAUCUGCAGCGCAAACGAGCGGACGGGUUGGAGGAGGUCGUCUCACGGCUGGAGAAGAUUAUCGAUCAGUUCAAGACGAGCUACCCGGCGGUUGGUGGUGCAAGUGGCGGCACGACGACAGACGGUACGACGUCGCUUCUGGAACGGCAGAACGAACGGUUGGAGGACAAACUGAGCGCCAUUCGGGAGCAAUCGAUCCUGGACAAGCAGUCGGCACGCGCGGCCAAUUUGUCACUGUGGAAGUUGGAGAAGGAACUGGAGCGGGUCAAGUUGGACAAUUCUAUUCUCGGGCGAAGGGUUGAGCAGGCGGACGAGAGGGUGAACCGCGUUCGGAAAGAGAAGGAGGAAGUGGCAUUUAAGAUCAAACAGCUGGAGGAUACAAUCAGCGGAAAGGAGAAACAAAUCGAGGAUUUGAAGGAAGAUAUAAGAUUAAUGAAGGAUGAAUUGAGGAAGGAACGUUAUUCGCGAGACUCGACCGAGAAGGGACGACUAGCGGAGAAGGCAGAGUUGAUCACAGCUGCGGCGAAAAUUCAAAGCUUGGAGGAAAAGUUAGAAGAGGCAAAACAGAAGGCAAACCAGGCAAAUGAUAAGCUGAGAAUCAUGACUUCGGAAAAUUCAAAGCUUAUGCGAGAGCUGGACGAAAGUCAGGAGGAGUUGGCCGAUGCUCAUGGAUCUGUCAAGGAGUUGGAGGAAAAGUUGGCGGUCGCGACAAGGAACUUCAAUAUGCUGAAGGGAGCUUGCAGUAUUACGGAAACUCAACUGACAGAGUUGGAGAUUCUGCUGGAGAAGGAACAGAGGAAAAACAAGGAAUGCGAAGAAACAGUUGCUGCGUUGUACAAGCAGAUGAAGGAUAAAGAUGCAGAGUUGUCCAAAUUGCGCCAAGAAGUUAACCAGGAGAAGACAUCCAAGACAAUGAGUGAGUCAAAAACUUCGCAACUCGCAUCGGAAUAUGAAGAAUUGCGCAAGAAGUUUGAAGAGUUGCAGAACCAAAUGGUUGACCAACAAAAGGAUCUCAUUGAAAAGACCUCAAGCCUUUUUGAGGUCCAGGAGCGUAUUGAGAUGCUCAACCUGGACACAUCAAACCUGCAGAAGGUAGUUUCAAACUACGAGCAGGAGCAUCUGAUCCUGAAAGAAGAAAAUUCGAAGAUUCUCACCGAUUUGUUCCUAGCAAAGGAGCAUAUAACAAAACAAAACAAUGAGAUCAAGGACUACAAGAAUCAGAUAAAUCAAUUGAACAAUGAGCUUGACCACGUCAAGACAGUUCUCACGGAGCAGAAAACGUUCUACACAGAACGGGACAUCAAAUCGGAAGCAACCUUGGCUCAGCACAAGAAGCUUAUUGACUACCUGCAAGCGCGUGUUGAGGAAGGAUCCCACAAAAAGAAGAAAACUUUCGCUGACAUGUUGUUCGGUAGCAGUAACAACGAGAAGAAAGAAAAUCUUCCUCCGAACCCCAUCAUGGUGGAAAACACCACCAGUUACAAGAAGCUUCAGGACGAACUACAAAAGGAGCGCCAACGUACCAACCAGCUCAAAGAGCAACUGCUCCGAGCGAAAACCGAUAUGAUUGCCAUGCAAGGAUCUCUCAAGAAGGCCCAAAAAGACGAAGAGAACCAACAACAGUUGGAUGCUAAGGAUAAACAGCUCCCGUCCAGAACGCCUUCCAAGACGCAUAAACCAUCUUUCCGACAGGUGCAGCCUGCGCCGACUCCCAAGAAACCCAAUUCCCCGAGUGGUGGAAAGUCCCACACCUUCGACAUGACCUUGGAAACGUCCUCGUCUAAAAAUCCGAUCCAGCUGUGCAGUGUUUGCGAUCGACACAUUUUGGCCGGCCAUCCGUACUGGAAGUGUACGGUUUGUUCGAAGAAUGUCCACCGGAAAUGUCGCUCCGGAGCCGCCAAUAAUUGCCUUGGGGGAGCAGGAGGCGAUGGCGAUCUGGAUUCCUUGGCCAAUGAGUUGGUGGCGGGAGGAACCAGUGAUACCGAGUCGCUACAGGAUCAGAUCAGCUUGGCACCCGGUGGUGGAGAUGGGGAAUCCGGUGACGGGGUGGGCAGUGUGGAGGAGAAGGCCGACGAUGACGAAGACAAGUAUGUGGGUGACUUGCUGUUCAAGACGAAACGGCUGGAGCCGCAAUUGGCCAUUAAUGACGUGUACGACGUGAGCGAGAACGUGGUGCUGUUGGGUUGCGACAGCGGUCUCUACUCCUACAACACCGACACGGCCGAGUUGGUACAAAUCCGUGGCAUAUCCAGCGUUAAAUCCUUCACCAUCUCGCAGCACAUCCCGAAGGCCAUCAUUAUCGGCAAUGAUGGCGAGUAUUUGUACCAGUGUGACCUGCGCCAUCUGCACAGCCGUGCUCAAGCCUCCUCUUGCCUCUCGCCCAAGCUGGAAACGUUUGUACUUGAUCUCUCCAUUGCCAACCGGACCCACAGUGAACGGUGGCACCUGGUCCGCAUGAUGGAUGACCCCUCGUGCCAGCAGCUGUCGGAAGUGAUAGCGAUUGCCGCAACUUCGUCCAGAAUCGUGAUUCUGAAAUUUGAUACCAGUCUGGGGCGGUUCAAACCGGUGCGAGGACUGGACACGGUUCUUCCUGUUACUUCGGUAUUGUUCACCAAACACACGGCCAUCGUCAGUUCUGACAAAUUUUUCGAAAUCGAUCUGGGAACCUACGGGGCCGAAGAAUUCUUGGAUAUGUCCGAUUCGAGUCUUCGGGAUAUCCGGUCUUGCACCCCGAUGGCGGCAUUCAAAGUGAACAGUCAAGAGUUCCUGCUUUGCUUCAAAGAGGUCGGGAUCUUCGUGGAUGAGUAUGGCUGUCGGUCGCGACCGGACAACAUCAACUGGCUGCAGGAACCUCUCGACUUUAGAUACCGCGAAUCUUGCCUAUUCAUUGCGCACUCGGAUUGCGUUCAAGUUAUGUACGUUAGUAAAUCGUACACCAAAGAGAUGGAGCGGAAGGAGGCAUCAUCCGAUGAACGGCGCGCCUUUGUUAACCUGAACUCUCCACAGCUCUUGGCCUUUUUGGAUUUUGCUCGCACCAGCAUUUACGUGGCCUGCGAGUGCGGUCCGGAACGGGAGCAGGAGAUCAUCAUGCUGGAUGGGUACAAGGCACUACAGACCACUUCGCCGUGCUUCUUGAGCAAUUCCAUGGAAACCUUGUCCAGCCUGUCCAGCUAUCCGACAACGGUGGCCCAAAGCACCGAGACGCUUUCACUGGGGCAUGCGGUCUAAGUACUUCUUUUAAACUAUUGAUUGUUUUUAGUUUUUGUGGUAUUUCGUUAUUCCGCAUGUGAUUGGUGAGUUGCUCAUGUGACAAGAAAUACGUUUCAUUCAAUAAAUAUUGUACCAUUUUAAGAUA